UGCUAGCUCGUGUAGGAGGUAAACACUACAGUUCGCUUUGGAUCGCGCGCGGGGCGGACGGUUUGUCUCCCGACCUGAGUGCUCGAGUCCCCUCUGUGACCGAAAAGUGUGUGAACCCUUAGGAAAAAGUGACAGUUUGGUUCGGUAUCCUGCCCCUGGACGUGCAGUGCGAGUGGUGGUGGAUAGUCGACCCCGCCGCGCCGUGCCGAGCCGCACCGAUCCCCUCGACGAGUGCCGAGGAGUGUGGCUCAGGUCAGGACGCACGCAGACGCACGGUACCAGUCCUACCCUAACCCUCGACGGCCUGGAUGUCUUCCCUGAGGAUCGUCGCCAAUGAAAUGGACCACUGAGAACCCAGACGAGGCCCUGUGGAGUCGCGUGUCUGACAUGGUCGGCUACUUCAACUCUGACUUGGCCGGCAGCGCCCUAGCGGUGGGCCUCGACGGCCGGCCCCGUGACCUGGUGCCCGUCGGCGCCGACUGCACCCUCAGCCCCCUGCGGCCCACGUCUGCGGCCGCGGAGCCCGGCCCCGGCAGCUCCGAGGACCCGUCCGUGAGACGCGUCGUCUGCUCCCCCGACCUGCCCGUCUUCUCGCUGACGCCCACCGCCGCCGUCGCGACGCCGGCCCCCGCGGGCGGCACCAGCACCACCAUGCCCGGCGUGUCGUCCACGGCGCCGCCGGCGCCCGAGCCGGCCGAGCUCGCCGCCGACUCGUCCACCUCGCCCCUGUCGUACGCCUGCAACAUCUGCAGCAAGUCGUUCAACCAGAAGGCGGCCUUCCAGAACCACAUGCGCACCCACGGCAAGGUGGGCGAGGACCCGUACCAGUGCAACAUCUGCGGCAAGACGUUCGCCGUGCCGGCGCGCCUCACCCGCCACAACCGGACGCACACGGGCGAGAAGCCCUACCAGUGCGAGUACUGCAACAAGUCCUUCUCCGUCAAGGAGAACCUGAGCGUGCAUCGGCGCAUCCACACCAAGGAGCGGCCCUACAAGUGUGACAUUUGCGAGCGCGCCUUCGAGCACAGCGGCAAGCUGCACCGGCACAUGCGGAUCCACACGGGCGAGCGGCCCCACAAGUGCAACAUCUGCAGCAAGACCUUCAUCCAGAGCGGCCAGCUCGUGAUCCACAUGCGCACGCACACGGGCGAGAAGCCGUACGUGUGCAAGAUCUGCGGCAAGGGCUUCACGUGCAGCAAGCAGCUCAAGGUGCACAACCGCACGCACACGGGCGAGAAGCCCUACUCGUGCGACAUCUGCGGCAAGUCCUUCGGGUACAACCACGUCCUCAAGCUGCACCAGGUGGCCCACUACGGCGAGAAGGUGUACAAGUGCACCAUCUGCAACCACACCUUCACGUCCAAGAAGACGAUGGAGAUGCACAUCAAGUCGCACGCCGAGCCGACGCCCCCCGCGCUCAACGGGGACGUGUCCGAGUCGGCGUCGUCGUCCAGCGACAAGGAGAACAAGGCCGACAGCGACGUGGAGCUGGCGCUGCGGCAGGGCGUGCAGGCGUCGCCGUCGCCCAGCCACAGCCCGAGCCUCAGCCCGGGCAGCAACUACGUCAUCCACCUGCAGCCGCCGCAGCAGCACCAGCAACACCAGCAGUCCGAGUACGACUACCAGCGGCCGCAGCCCGAGCAGGUGGAGCGCGACCUGUCCUACUACCUGUACCCCAAGCCGCCGUCCGCCUACCAGCACCUGCACAGCGGCCACCACCACGGCGUCAACCCCGCCCUGCUGGCCGCCGCCGCCGCGGCCGCCGAGCGCGACGCCCGCGACGCGUCGCCCACGCCGUCGUCCUCAUCACUCACCCUGGAGAUCGACGAGGGCCUGAGCCCUGAGUCGUCCGAGCCGUCGUCGCGCGAGCUGCCCGUCACGGAGCCCGACGUGUACAUCGUGCCGGAGGCCCUGUCGCGGUACACGACCGUCGUGGCGCCGCCGGCCUACCUGGAGGAGCCCACCGAGAUGAUGCGGCUGCCGCUGAGCCCCGCCAGCCCCGCCAGCCCGGCCUCCUCGCCCAGCCGGAGCCCCGCGUCGUCGCCGGACCCCAUGGACCUGGCCGUCACGCGCAACGAGAUGAACCUGCCCGCCAAGAAGCGCGCCCGCAUGAUCCAGAAGUCCAUGGAGUCGGAGGUCGUGCCUCCGCAGCAACAGCAGCAGCAACGGUACUCGUCCGUCAUCCAGUUCGCCCGGGCCGGCAAGUAACUCGGACUGCGGUGCACCGCGGUGCUCGCAUUUUGUUUUUCAUUUCAGUUACCAAAUAGUCCGUCGCGGGCGGCGCCGGGCUGUGCGCCCCAGGACGACUUGGCGCCGCCCAGCGCGGUGUCUCUUGCAAUCAAAGAGCGUUAGUGGUUAUCGUUACAGUUUCUUAUUGUGAUUUGUUACAUUGUAUUUGUAAGUGUACAAAACUUAGAAUGAUAUAGCUUGGGCUAAUGAACUGAAGAAAAUUAUAUUGUGCCCAAGAAAUAUAUAUUAUGAAAAUGUAAAUUGAAUUAUAAAUAUAUGCAGUCGAAGUGUUGCCAUGUGUUCUAUAGUAGUUAUGUACUUAUUAUGUAAAUGAUUUGACUCAAUACCAUUGCAUGAUUUAGACUGUUAUUGUUUAUCUGUUUAUUUUUGUUGUGCCGCACUGACUGUUUACCAUACUUUCUAUGUUGUCUUUGAUUAUAAUGUAUAAAUUGUAUGUAUUUCAACCUCUAGUUGAUGAAAGCCAAAUGAACUGGUAUCUGUUGUUUAUGUAUGAGUCUUUUUGUUGUAUCUCAGGAGAUUUAAAGUCAAAACCUGCUCUUUAUAUUCCUAUUCUUUGAAUACAAAGCUUAAGCUUUUCAGAUUAGAAGGUCAUCACAUGAGCUGUUGGUGCAUAAAUCCAGUUGAAGCAUUGGCUAUUUUUGUACUCUCCAUUUAGCAAAUUAACGUUAAUUUUGAGAAUGGAGGAUGUGUAGCUGUUCCUUUCACCCAUUCUACCUGAAAAAUGUAAUCUUUUCCUAUCUAUUAUGUAUUUCGUUCGGUAUGAAGAGCUGCGGUUCAUGUUACUAGCAACCAAAUAAUAUAGUCUCAUGACAUAACGGUUGAAUAUUUUGUAUCAUGAUAUUUUAUCAUUCGAGAGUAGGAAAUUUUAAUGUGUCAAGUAUUUUUGUUUGCUCAUGGUUUGUCUUUGACGUGUGAAUCAUUUAAGUUGCCGCAUCGGCGGUAAGGGCACCUCAGUACACAAAAAGUAAAGAAUUGCAAACAAUUCAAUUUAAAUUUCGAGACAUAAAGUCACCUACCAGUGCGUAUACAUUGCGGCUUUCCACCAACGGUCUAAACCCGCUGCAAGUUACCAAGUUGAUCCAAAUAAAUAUAAAUAUUAAGUUAAAAAUUACAAAUUUAUCACCUCGAAAGUGAAAAUUUUGAAAGCAUUAGUUGUUUCUGUAAAUAGAUACUUGUUAAGCGCCUCCAAGACUUCAGUACGUCUCGUAUACCGCUAUAUUUCAGAGUGCCACUCACUUCCUUUUUAGUCUCCUAGUUUUUAAAAUUUCCCGCCUUUUCUUUUCGUCAAAAUGAGCUGAUUGACGCGCAAGUUGGGUGUGUCUCGGGUAGAGCCCUUUUGUUCCAAAGCUUUAUUCUUUGUUGGAUAAUUUUGUUGGAUACAUUAACUAAAUCGGCCUGGCCUGGGCAGCUUUCGCCGCCACAAGUCGCCCUUGUCCUCUCGUUGUAAAGUAGGUAGCUGAACGCAGUGCCCCGGGGCACCUGACCACACCAUAGCGAGCUACCCCUCUCCGCCCGUUCGAAGCUAAAUGUAUUUAAUUAUGAACCCCAAAGACUGUUAGCGGGCACGCUCGGAGGAGGGUGGUCUUGAGAACUGCGUGGGAAGGCCUGUGGGUCUGCUGCGGCAGCUUGUCUUUUGUUCCGUGGUCGCCAAACUGUCCCCUAGCCAUCUGAUUUGUCAAGUAUUUUCUACCUCAUAUGACAUUAGUGUUUUAGAUGUUAAAAGUAUGUGUGAUUUUUUUCGUGUCUCUUGAUAUUGUUUUCGUUUGGAAAGUAAAUGCAGAUGGUAGUCGGAUGAGUAAUUUGAUCUGCGAGGAGAAUGUACUGUAAGCAGGUAUCGGUAAGAAUUGAACUGAAUUUGACAGACUGAGGGAGUUUGCAGAAGUCAUUCGAAAGAUUGUGAUGCGUAGGGGCGUCGUGGUUUGGUUUUGAAAUGGCAUAAGAGCUUCAGUUUUCGCCCCUUGAACAGAACUCUACGUGUUUUCGGAGCUGUUUUACCUCGCCGUUUAGUUUUGUUCAAAGGUCGGGCUCUGUGAAAGUGACUUGUUGGGAAGUUCGGUCCAGGUCUCAUGGGGCCUGUUGCCAUUGUUACUGUUAAAGUGUGUAUCUCAGUAGCUAAAUAAAAGCAUUCCUAAUGAGUGAAAAUGUGAAAUCCUAAAAUUUCUCUAUUUCUUUCGGUGUCAUUUAAGAGUGAGUGUGUGAUGUAGAUGUCCUAUGUCUAGUUGUGAGAAUGUGAUGCUGCUUACUUGUAUUUAUACAAACAUGUAAAAUAUAUGUCCUCUGAUUUUAAAGCUA